AGAACUUUACUCCAUAAUUUAAUACCUGCCAACAUUUGCAUCAGCAACAGACAUAAAAACAUCUCUUUUGAAGAUCUUUACAAUAUGGAAAUCAGAGCAAAUUAUCAACGUAAAUACAGACCCAAAGCCCUAUAUAGUCUUAUAUAUCUAUAACAACAUGGCUGCAGAUAAGAAAGAAAGAAUAAAUGACAUAAUAAAACUAUCAUAUUGCAAUUCCAUCAUUUUAAACAUGAAAAAGACAAAAAAGUAAUAAGAAAGAUCUACUGUGGCUGCCAAGUAUAUGAUAAUAUACAGUAUAUUUACAUACAGACAGAAAAAUCAAUUGUGUGAUUUUUAUUGUAGACUCAAUUGAGCAAAAGUGCUAAUUUACUUUAAAAUUCACUGAGUGUGUGACGGUGGGUGACCAGAUUUAACUAGCAUGCUUUGAGCAGAGGAUAAGUGAGGAGGAGAAAGAGCAAGUGCUUUAAAGAGGGAGAGAGGGAGUGAGAGAGCAUAUAUGUGCAGAAGGGUGGGAGAGUUGGAGAGCGAGAGGGAGAGAGAGACAGAGAGGUAGAGGAAGAGCGAGAGAGAGAGGGGGGGGGGAGAGAGAGUGGGAGAGAGGGAGAGGGAGAGGAAGGACAAGUGGGUGGGUGCUGUGAAAUCCGCUAACAGGGGAGCUCUGUGCAUUUGUUAGACGUCUUGGCUGCUUGCCCAACUUGGCUCAUUGUAAUCAAGGCAUGAUCGUCGACUCCAGGCAGCCCUCUCUGCCGCCUCGGCUGCCUCGCGCCUGGACCCAGCCCAGCUCUCACCGCUGACAUGGAAAGACCCACCUCCAGUGACAUGAUGCCCAAAAGGGAUCAUGAGAGGGACUUGGAGCUGGACAAGAAGAUCGAGGCUCUCCGCAGGAAGAAUGAAGCACUCAUGAAGAGGUACAAGGAGGUGGAGGAGGACAAGAAAAGGGCAGAAGAAGAUGGAAUGGCUCUGCAGAGCCGCAAGGGCAAAGCUGAUGACCUUAGUAUCACAAUCAGCAAGUCAACCAGUGUGAGUGUUGACAAUGAUAGUCGAGUGGUGGUGACUAAGCCAUUCAGCGGUGGUUCACCAGCUGGGAAAGGACAGCAGGAGGCUGGGCCUGACCAGGGGGGAGAAGGUCCUCCUCCGGGUGCUGGCAAAGGCCACAAGAAGCAGCUAAUGGUCACCAUGGCUGGAAAAAAGGGUAAGAGGGUGGUGAGUGAGAGGCCUGACAAGAGGCCAGGCCCUGCAGAUGUCAAGAGCCCUACUGACGAGGGACAAGCGAGGCGUGUGGAGUCAGCUGGAAGGGGGAAGAAGCAAUCUCACACGACCAAGAAAGACACAGCAGCUCAGGAUGAGGUUAAACAAGGACAGAAGCACACUGAGGAGCAUCACAGGCUUUCAGAGCAUUGCCAGGAGCCCGAGAGCCCACAGGCCAGCACAGACCUCAACAUCCCCACGUCGAGAGAGGAGCAGGAGGAGUACCUGCGGUGGAAAAAAGAGCGUGAGCAGAUCGACAGGGAGAGAGUGGCACGUCACAAGAACGCCAAGGGCCAGUGGAGGCGGGCGUGGGACAUGGACAAAACUGAUAACAUGUUUUCAGACAAAUCCCUCCCGGACAGAGAGUGGGGACCUCACAGCAGAGGUGGACGAAAUGCCAGAAGAGGCCAACCCAGGUCAAGUGCUGACUCACGAGGUCAUGAGAAGCGAGGAAAAGACAAGGGAGCUAAAAAUGUAUUAGUGAUGAGCAGUAAAGCAAAAGGCAAAGAUCGUCUGACUGGGAGGGCCAGGAGGUGGCAGGCAAAUGAAGAAGGAGAUAACCUUCGGUCUUCUGACACAACAUUGGAGGAAUUCCUGGAGGAACUCGACGCCCUCACGGAUGCAGAGUUAGAAGAUCAGAAAGAUCAGGACUCAAAAACUAAGCUGUCGCCCAGCCCAGAUUCUUUGAAUACAUCUGAGGAAGUGAGUGGAUCCACAGGUUCUGUGUCAACUGCUAGCUUGAGAGAGGACACCCCCACUCAGGGGAAGACAAAAACCCCAUCCCCUCGGGGUUCGGAGAAGAAAGUACGCUUCUCAGAGGAACUCAUCCAGGGGGCUCAUACAAGUCAAAUCACAAGCUCUCAGGAGUCUGCCAGCUCAGAAUCAAGUCCAAGCUCCUUUAAAGCUUCCUCACCUAGCGAAAUCAAAAGCGAGGUGCAGGGGUCCCAGCAGCCUCUUGAAAGUGCCGAGCAGGAUUGCGGUAGUCCUCAGGAUCAGGGAGAUGGUCCUUUUGCUCCCGUUGCCCAGCAGCAGGCUACUGAAACUGAAUGUACUAAUAAAGACAGCACCCCCCCCACAGCUCCCAGCUCCCCCCCUACUGAAAAAGCCUGUGCCUCUCUACAGGAGAGCUCUGUCCAGCCUGUAGAAGUUGCCAAGUGCAACAUUAGCAACACAAACACAGAAGAACUAAUAGACUCCGGUCUGUCUGUCCUGAGUCUGGAGUCAGGAGAAACACACCCAACACACUCCACCAGCAGUGACAAGGCGAGAGAGCACGGGAAGAUUGUUUGACAUUUUCAGGAUGUAAAUACUGAAACCAAAACACAGCGACACAGAGCCUCGCCUCGCCUCGCCUCUUUGUAUUCGGACGCAUCGUUUUGCUUCAGGUAGCUCAUUUGAGAUACCGUGUUUAUGGCUUACACACAAAACCAUGGUUUCAUUUUGCUGUGGCAUGUCCCACCUGGUGAGGUUUUACCUACAAUUUGACAUAAGAAUGGUGAGGAGUGUUUCAGAACAUUUUCCCUGUUCAAAUAUUUUUUUACAUCCAAGCACUUUAUGAGUAUAAAAGCAUGCGUACUGACACAUUAUUCAGUAUCUUAGUAUGCUGCUUGAGUGCAAUAUCAUUGAAUGUUUACAUUUGUAUGAAAUUUUCAAGGUACAUAUCAGGAGGCUAGCUAAUCAGUUUGACUUAGCUAGUUUAGUUUAUCUGAGACCUUGACAAUAAACUUCUGCCACAGUCCAAUUAUUAGUGCCUGAUUCUGCCUUCGAGGUAUUUUCAAUAAUGGAAUAAAGUCUGUAUUAUAUGAUGAUACAGUAGUUACAGACCUACAGCAGAGUCUGUAUUUGUACACUCAAAACUGUGUGAUUAGAUAUUAUUUAUUAACUGCUUCCAGCAUCAGUCCAUGCCCAGAUAGCAUAAUUGCUGUACCCCAGAGCUGGCCCACACUUAACGAUUUCGGCACUUUCGUCCAGCACUCAUACUGUGUGGAAUGAUGGUUCUCAGUUUCCCAGAUCUGGGCCACAAGCAAGUCAUAGCAAUGCCGUAUGUCAACCAUGAAAAACCACAUAAACCAGAACUAGCCCACAUCCAGAAUACACAUACCCGAGACCGAGAGCACCACAUCUUUACCAAAAAAGGCCCAUAGUUGAUUUGGGAU